UGCAUGCUGUUAGGCGAAGUGAACUAAAUAAUGGCUUCUAAACCAGGAAUUCUCACUGAUUGGCCAUGGAAGCCUCUCGGCAACUUCAAGUAUAUAGUUUUGGCUCCCUGGGUUAUUCACAGCAUAUACUCAUUCAUAGUGAAGGAUGAGAAGGAGAAAGACCUCUCAACCUUGCUCUUAUUCCCACUUAUUAUAUGGCGAUUUCUUCACAAUCAGAUAUGGAUUAGUCUCUCUCGUUUCAGGACAGCCAAAGGCAGAAAUAGAAUCCUUGAGAAGUCCAUUGAAUUUGAACAAGUUGACAGAGAAACAAAUUGGGAUGACCAAAUAUUGUUCAAUGGAUCCCUAAUAUAUGUUUUAAGCAAGACACUUCCCGGGGGAACUCACGUGCCAAUCUGGAGAUUAGAUGGUGUAAUUCUCACUAUUCUGCUACAUGCUGGUCCAGUGGAGUUUCUUUACUACUGGUUUCACAGAGCCCUUCAUCACCAUUAUCUUUACUCUCGCUACCAUUCUCAUCACCAUUCCUCCAUUGUCACUGAGCCCAUCACCUCUGUGAUUCAUCCAUUUGCAGAGCACUUAGUAUAUUCCAUUCUAUUCGCAAUACCGAUUUUUACAACAAUCCUCACUUGUACUGGUUCCGUGGUAUCUGUCUUUGGUUACAUUACUUACAUCGACUUCAUGAAUAACAUGGGACACUGUAAUUUCGAGCUCAUUCCCAAGUGGCCUUUCUCCAUUUUUCCACCUCUCAAGUUCCUCAUGUACACUCCUUCGUUUCACUCCCUUCACCAUACACAGUUCAGAACCAACUACUCAUUAUUCAUGCCUCUAUAUGAUUUUAUAUAUGGUUCCAUGGACAAAUCUUCAGAAACAUUAUAUGAAGAUUCAUUGAAGAAGAAAGAAGAAUUCCCUGAUCUAGUGUAUCUAACCCACUUGACAACUCCCGAAUCAAUCUAUCAUCUACGGCUAGGAUUUGCUUCCAUAGCAGCUCAGCCUCAAUCAUCAUCAUCGAAAUGGUAUAUGUGGUUGAUGUUGCCUGUGACCUUAUGCUCCAUGAUGCUCACUUGGAUUUGUGGUACUUCUUUUGUGGUUGAGAGGAACCGUUUUAGUGACUUCAAAUUGCAAACAUGGGUCAUACCUAAAUACAAUUUUCAAUACUUCUUGCAAUGGCAAAGUGAAUCAAUCAAUAACUCGAUUGAAAAGGCCAUACUAGAAGCAGAGAAAAAGGGUGCUAAAGUAUUGAGCCUGGGACUCUUGAAUCAAGGUCAGGAGCUGAACAUGUAUGGUGAGCUAUUUGUCCAAAGGCAUCCUCAGCUCCAAAUAAAAGUGGUAGAUGGAAGUAGCCUUGCUGUUGCAGUUUUGCUCAAUGUCAUACCUAACGAAACAACCCAAGUGGUGCUUAGAGGCACUCUCACUAAGGUCGCGUAUGUUAUUGCUCUCACUCUUUGUCAACGGGGUAUACAGGUGGUAACUUUACGAGACGAUGAGCACGAGGAGCUAAAGAAAUCGUUUGGUAAAAUCCAGUACAAAUCUAACUUAAUCCUUUCAAGAAGUUACUCUCAAAAGUUAUGGUUAGUGGGAGAUGGAUUGUCUAAAGGAGAACAAAUGAAGGCAAAGAAAGGAACAAUAUUCAUUCCAUUCUCACAAUUCCCACCAAAGAAAAUAAGAAAAGAUUGCCUCUAUCACUUGACACCAGCAAUGGAAACUCCUUUGGCUCUUGAGAAUGUUGACUCCUGUGAGAAUUGGUUGCCAAGAAGGCUGAUGAGUGCAUGGCGAAUUGGAGGGAUAGUGCAUGGCUUAGAAGGAUGGAAAGAGCAUGAAUGUGGAAACUCCAUCUCCAACAUCCACAAAGUUUGGGAAGCAACUCUUCAACGUGGUUUUCGACCUCUAAUUCUCCCAAAUCAAUCAAAAUUUUAG